ACGAGUCAGGGUGAGUCUCAGUCAGUCAGUCAGUCAGAUCAGACAGAGCGUGUUGAAGCCCAACCCACGGUCACUUCAGUCGAGACGAACACUCGCACUCAAGCCGAACAGGUGGUCCAGACCCACCUGAGGAGCUCGACAUGAGGAUUUACCGCGUUCUUCACCUGUGUGGAUACAAUGUGGCCGUCGCUUUCUGAAGCUGAAUAGUCCCGAAGAGUUCACACUUCACGCGCUUCCCUGUGCGGAGUCUCCGGGAAUAUCGGGCGAAUAUGAAAGUGACAGUAUGCUUUGGCAGGACCCGGGUGGUCGUUCCCUGCGGGGAUGGGAAUAUCAAAAUACACAAUCUUAUCCAGCAAGCCACAAUGCGCUACAAAAAAGCCAUAGCCAAGGACCCGGGCUACUGGAUACAGGUUCAUCGGCUAGAACACGGAGACGGAGGCAUUUUGGACCUGGAUGAUGUGCUGUGUGAUGUAGCUGAUGAUAAAGACAGGCUGGUGGCGGUGUAUGAGGAGCAGGACCCUCAUCAUGGUGGCGAUGGCACCAGCGCCAGCUCCACCGGCACCCAGAGCCCAGAGCUCUUCACCAGCACUGAACUCAACUCCAGCAACCUGUCAGCCUUCCAGCCCUACCAGACCAGCAGUGAGAUCGAGGUCACACCGAUAACACUCAGAACCAACAUGCCGUUGCAUGUGCGCCGCAGCAGUGAUCCAGCUCUGGUCGGCCUUCCAGAAGCCCAGCUGCAGCCGGAGGAACCGUCCCGUAAUAACCGCACACGUUGGUCUACCACUGCAGGCUUUCUGAAGACCAACACCACCAGUGGAACCAACAGUCUAGAGCGAAAGGGGAAGAAUCUAGAGGCGUACCGCAGUCUACCCCGUGACGUCACCCCCUGGUCUACGCAGUUUCAGAGAGAAAACGCCCGCUCUUCUCUCAGUGCCAACCAUCCCAUGGUAGACCGAUGGCUGGAGCGCCAGGAACAGAACGCUGGGUUUGUUAGUGAAGAGGCUGGAGAGAGGAGGAAAGGCGGAGCGCGAGACUCUGUUCCAGGAGAAUGACUGCAUCGUCCGGAUUAAUAACGCAGACCUGCGCAACAUCCGAUUUGAACAGGCCCAGAAUCUGUUCAGACAGGCGAUGCGUACUCCGCGAAUCCUGUUUCAUGUGGUUCCAGCGGGGAAAAAAGCCCAAUAUGAGGUGCUGUCUCAGAAUGAACUGGGCCUUCAGACUGGAUCGGUAUCCGGAGACAGAGGCAGUCUGGUGGAAGGAGCCUUUAGUCCGAGAAGAAUGUCCAAAGCAGAGUCGACCCGUGGUUAUCCGACAUUACCAAACACAGCAAACCCUUUAAACCAGACCCAACUGGACCCCAUCCAGCCCUCCAGACCCACCAGCACCACCUCAUCUGUGGGAUACUCCAAGAAGAUCGGCCGAAAGUUCAGCGUCCAGCUGCGGAAAGGUCCAGAGGGUUUGGGCUUCAGCAUCACCUCCAGAGAUGUCCCGAUCGGUACUUCUGCCCCCAUAUAUGUGAAGAACAUCCUCCCUCGAGGAGCCGCCAUUCAGGACGGCCGUCUGAAAGCUGGAGACCGCCUGCUGGAGGUGAAUGGAGUGGAUCUGAAUGGUAAAACUCAGGAGGAGGUUGUGGCUCUGCUGCGCUCCACUGCCAUGGGAGGCACUGUAGGCCUUCUGAUCAGCAGACAAGAGGACGCCUUUCUGCCCAGAGAAGCAAAAGAGCAAGAUGACCUCAUUUUGACGCCGGAUGGAACGAGAGAGUUUAUGACCUUUGAAAUCCCUCUCAACGACUCUGGUUCGGCAGGAUUAGGGGUCAGCGUGAAGGGAAACAGAGCCAAAGAGAGUCACGCUGACCUGGGCAUUUUCGUCAAGUCUAUAAUCACUGGAGGAGCCGCCUGCAAGGACGGGCGACUGAGGAUAAAUGACCAGCUGAUAGCCGUUAAUGGCGAGUCUCUACUGGAGAAAACGAAUCAGGAAGCGAUGGAGACCCUGCGCAAGUCCAUGUCCAUCGAGAGCAACAAGAGAGGCAUGAUUCAGCUGAUAGUGGCCCGGCGGAUCGCUGGAAGAGGAGAGGAGUCUCCGGGUAGUCCUCCUGUGCAUCUGCAAUCUCCACGAGACGAACACGAGCGGCGGAUCUCUCAGUCUCUGUAUCCCGAGAGUCCUGUCGACAAACACACACCACGGUCCACCAUGAAGGCCAGGAUGAUGGGUCACUUCCAGCUGUCUCCGACUGUGAAUAUGCCCCAGGACGACACUGUUAUCAUUGAAGAUGACCGUCCGCCUGUUCUUCCGGCCCGUCUGUCAGAUCAGUCUUCAUCCAGCUCUCAUGAUGAUAUGGGCUUUGUGACGGAGAUAUCCGAGUCCUGGACCAGGGAUGUGCAGAUACCUGACGACAGUACGCUCAGUCCAGAUUUGGAUAUGGAUAUGGAUAUGUUUCAGAGGGAAGGCUUUGGCCGGCAAAGCAUGUCAGAAAAGCGGACCAAACAAUACAGCGACCCUACUCAACUGGACAUCAUCCAGAGUCGCAAGUCCAAGAGUAUGGAUUUAGGCAACUCCAGCAGAGAUGUGUGGAAGAAGACACAGAAGAAAGCUCACGGUCAGGCCACGACUCCAUUUCUACAGCCACAGACCUCACUCUUCCACCCUCCAACACUGAGAUCAACGGAGAACGCACCAAAGACGAUAAGAAAAAGGACAAGAAAGACAAGAACAAAGCCAAGAAGGGAGUGCUGAAGGGCCUGGGCGACAUGUUCAGGUUUGGCAAAAACCGCAAAGACGAAAAAAUGGAGCGCAAGGGUUCGAGUAAAAGCAAGAUGGAGGAGAUGACGGCCAGCGAGGAGGAGAUGCAAAGAAUGAGACUGGAACAGGAGAGGAUUCAGGCAAAGACGCGCGAGCUGCGGGAGCGUCAGGCCAAAGAGCGCGAGUAUGCAGAGAUCCAGGACUUCAGCCGGCCGCUGAGCUCAGACGAGGAGCACACCUACGCCGGCAUCGGCUCUCUGGACUCGUCUCUGGACAGCAGUCUAGAUCUGAGCCUCACGCCAGGACAGGAGCGUCCGUUGGGCCCUAGAGAGCCACCGCUGGCCCUUGAGACCCUGUACGCCCAGGUCAACAAGCCCCGCAGCAACCGGACGGCCCCUGCAGACAGCAACAGACUGGCGCCUAGCAACCAUGACCGGAUACAGCGGCUACGGCAAGAGUUCCAGCAGGCCAAACAUGAGGAGGAACCCGACGACCGGCGCCGAUCCUACAGCUUUCAGCAGCAGCAGCAGCAGCAGCCAUGGGCCAAUACGGGUUCUUACACACCGACAGGACGGCACUCGGUUUCUUUAGAAGUGCAAGUGCAGAAACAGAGGGAGGACAGAGACUCCUUCACACAAGCCCAGAGGCAGUACAACUCCUUACCACGACAACCCCGUAAAAACCCCAGCACCGUGUCUCAAGACUCCUGGGAGAAAGUCUAUCCUCCUGGCGAUGUCUUCCAGACGGCCAAAGAAAACUCACGUUAUUCCAUCCACCAGGGGUCCCGGACCGCCAACGGGUACCUGAGUCCCACCCCCACUGGCAUGAAUGCCCGAGUCCUGCUGGAAACCCAGGAGCUGCUAAGGCAAGAACAGAGGCGCAAAGAGCAGGAGGCUAAAACUAAGCUGCCAACAAUGGAGGAGAAACCAACCCCAAACCAAACACCGAUUCCUACUCCACCCAAAGGCCCAUUUCGGCAAGAUGUGCCUCCAUCGCCCACCCAACUGGCCCGACUCAACCGUCUGCAGACCCCGGAGAAAAACAGACUCUUCUACUCCUGAGAUCAAAACUGGAUGUUUAUCACAGCAAUAAUACUGAAUGGAGAUGGACAGAGGUUUUUGAUUUUACUCUAUUAUGAAAUCUUUGUAUACACUGAAGAUCUUUGUUUAAUAUUCAUCUCCUUUUCUUUUCUUUUGAUACAUGUCUGUGUGUGUGUGUGCACUGCAAAAUGGAUUUAUUACUUGGUGGUUUAUGAGGACUUACAUUUGUAUAAUGACAUGGUUAUGACCUCGGGUUUACAAUGCUGCAGUGGUUUAUUAGGACAUGCCUCGUGUCCUCAUAAUUCAGAACACCUAAAAUCACACUCAAUGUGGUAUUUUGGGUUGGGUUUAGAGGUAUUGGUAGGGUAAGGCAAUAUAAUAAGUGGUUUAUACAGUAUAAAAUACUUUAAGCCUAUGAAGAGUCCUCAUAAACCACCAAAACGAGUGUGUGUGUGGUGUGUGUGUGUGUGUGUGUGUGUGUGUGUGGGUGUGUGUGUGUGUGUGUGUGUGUGUGUGUUUUGUGCUGGUGUUUUUGGUUUAUGAGAACAUACAUUAGCAUAAUGAAAUGGGUAUGACCUAGGUUUUACAUUGCUGCAGUGGUUUAUUAGGACACGCCUUGUGUCUUCAUAAUUCAAAAUAACUAAAAUCAUACUUGAUAGUGUAUUUUUGGUUGGGCUUAGAGAUUAUGGUGGGGAAAGUCAAUAUAAUACGGGUUUAUUACGGUAUAAAAGACAUCAAACAUAUGGAGAGUCCUCAUAAACCACCAAAACCAUUGUGAGUGUGUGUGUUCACAUUCAUUGACAGUGUGGCAGGUUCUGUUGACAAUCACAUGACAGGCGCCUGAGGCUUUAAGGCUGGUUGUGGUGGUUUAUGAGGACAUAGAUUUGUAUAAUGGCAUGGGUAUGACCUAGGUUUUACACAGUGGUUUGUCAUGACAUGCCUUGUGUUCUCAUAAUGCAAAACACACACGAAAAAAAUCAUACUGAACAGGGUAUUUUGGGUUGGGUUUAGAGGUAUUGGUUGGGUAAGGCAACAUAUAUGGUUUUUACAGUGUAAAAUACAUUAAGCCUAUGGAGAGUCCUCAUAAACCACCGAAGCCAAUGUGAGUGUGUGUGUUUGUGUUGAAUUCAUUGACGGUGCGGCAGGUUCUCUUGACAAUCACAUGACAGGCGCCUGAGGCUUUGAGACAGGGCUGUUUCCUCCAUAUUGUGACCUACAUAUCAUGUUUUUGUCAAGUGUGCCGAGAACAUGAAGGCGGGUGAAUUUCAGUACGCCUGUCAGGAACACGUCUGGGUCACAUUUCACCGCAAAAUCAAAACACAAAAAUAUGCAAUAUUUAGCUUUCAGAAGGAUGCCUGAUCCUGGCUCCAUAAAUAUAAUUUUCAUUGUGAUGUUUUUAACGCAGAGCCCAACACUUAUGACAAAUACAUGCCAUGGCCAUGCACAAGUUAAGCAUUUGUUAUUAAUUUCUUUUGUAGCAUUCAUCAUUUAGCUUCCAUUAGUUGACGUGAACUAAUAACUAAAACACUAAAGUGUGCAUUAAUCUAAUGGCAUCUGUCUGUUUAAUGCACAUGAGUGAAUUAAAAGUGAACAAUUGCAAUACAGUAACAGUUACAAAAAUAUAUAAAGCUGCAACAAAUGCACUGAUCAUUAUUAGCUAGAAUGUUAACUAGUGAGACCUUUUUGCCAUUUGCUUGCUUUGUUUUGUUAACUCUUGACCACUUUUUAUUAAUUAGUUCUUCUGUUUUAGUUAAAUCAAGGCCACAAAUCCAUUUGUUGUCUUAAUAUAGUUGGAUUAUUAAUUAUGUAAACGCUAUUUCAUUAAAAUAAGGGAACCCUUUUAGUUCAAUAGCCACAAAUAGGGAACAAAUCUCAAUUCAAUAUCCACAAAUAGGGAACAAAUUUUAAUUUAAUAUCCACAAAUAGGGAACAAAUUUUAAUUUAAUAUCCACAAAUAGGGAACAAAUUUUAAUUUAAUAUCCACAAAUAGGAAACAAAUGUUAAUUUAAUAGCAAUAAAAUCUUGGAAUUUGUACACAUUAUUCAUUUUAUGUACAAUUAUGUGGCAUUAUAGCUCUUGCUUGUUCGUUUCUGUUAUUACUGAAAUUUUAAAAAGAAAUCAGCACAACAAAUAUCAAUGAUUUAAAUAUAUUUUCCAAUUGAAACAACUUAAUUUUUAUGUCAUAGUUCUGAUAUCGAGAUUGCAUUACACUAAUCAGAAUUUAGUGUGAGUAUGUCUGUGCGUGUAUGUGUGUGUGUGUGCAUGUGUCACUGAACGUACUUAAUAGAGUAUGGUAAGGUUACAACCCCUCAACCCUCAGCUCUCUGCUACUGAAACCCCCAUUAACCCAUCAUACUUCUCAAUCCUUCCUCAUGUGACACUUUCCAUCUCCCCCUACUUCACAAUUGAUUCCUUCAUCAAUUUAGCAGUCCCUGUUCUACCAGUAAUAAGCUGGAAACAGAUCUCACUCGUCUCACAGCAUGCAGUACAUCCCAGAAUUCAGGAAUCAGGGAAUAUAUAUGUAACUUGUAAAAUACUUCCCAAAUACUAAAAAAUCUGUGUUAUUAGUUCUUGAAAUGAGAUACAGUAACAUGCAGUUUUAUCCAUCAGGAAUUAGUAUGUUUUUAGCCUUAUACAUGUAUUUGUAUGAUCAUAUUGAAUACUGGUGAAUCCCAAUCAACAGAAAACACAUUAGUAUAGGACUCAUGUGAUGAGCAAGAAGCAAGAAGGGUACUGGUUUGAGCCUCGGUUGGGUCAGUUGGCAUUUCUAUGUGUGGAGUUUGCAUGUUCUUCCAGU